AUGGACACUGGACUAUCUGAAGCUCCGAUUGUUUCUUUUCGCCCGAUCAAGCGGCAAAAGCACAUGCGCAAACGAGCGGACGAAUCCGAUGACGUACCUCUCUCAGAGAGCAACACAGUGGCUGGACAGAGACCCAAAUCAGAAGAAGAGAGGCGCAAUAUUUCUCAAGAGUCGCAGGAGAAUGACGGUCCAGAUGGAGGAGUGUCGAAUAUCACACGACCGCGAAAGCCGAAUCGAAUGCGAAAGGGCGGUAUUGAAUUUUCCACCAGCAACUCACAGGUCGCCAACACAAAUGAUGCGAAUAACCUGGCCUUGACUGUCGGGACUACUGAAGCAGAUAUCAUCAAGGCCAAGUUCGACCGCUUCACAGCUCAUACAGGCCAAACGGUCGACGUUAACAAGCAUAUGAUGGAAUAUAUAGAGUCAGAACUGGCUAAACGACAGAAUCGCACCCAAGCACAUGACGAACGUCCCACGGCUGAUCGUCAUGGCAAAUUAGAUGGCGACCACUCAUUCACCAAUGCGUUUUCGAAACGCGAACCAGCUACUCUAGGGAAGCUUCAUGAGAUUGAUCUUGGUCAGGAAGCAAAGUUACAAAAUAUUGCUCGCACUGAAGCGGCAACGCGUCGUAUGGCUGGCAAUCCAUCAGGUGCAACGGACGACGAGCUGCAAUCUCCUGGACAGUUAGAGGCUGGUAAGAACAGCAAGACGUGGCGAAGUCGACCGCGCAACCGCGAGGAUAUUGAACGAGACAGGCUAGUGGAGGAAGUUCUACGGGAAAGCAAAUUGGAUGUAUACGACGAGCCAGAGCAACCCGCAAUGCAGGACGAUCAGGCUGCAGAUGACCGUAUCGCGGAGCAAUUCCGGCGUGACUUUAUGGAAGCUAUUCAGAGUAGACGGCGAACGAUGCGAGCCCGGGCGACCACCAACAAGAUCAAUAAGAAAACGACCAAGCCCGAGCCACCUCGUGGGCCAAAGCUGGGUGGGAGCCGAAGUGCGCGAGCUGCAAUGCGCGAGAUGCAAGAGAAGAGUGGGAAGAAAUGA